CCAGGUUAGGGCAUCAGAGGCACACGGAACUAUACAAAGGAAAAAAGGAAAAAACACCUAAUCCAUCCCCCCUUGACUGACUGGGUUGCUUGGUCGGUUAAGAAUCUGAAAGAGAAUAUGUGAUUGUUAUGUUCUUUUCAGACAUUCUCAGAUGCCAAAUGCCAGAGCCUAUUCUUUUUUUCUUUCCUUUUUAUUUUAUUUUGAUCCAUAGCAUGCACGCAUUCUUUGUCCAUCUCAUCGCCCCUCGUCUCAGGAUUCUGGAGCUGGUCUAUACAGUGGUUUAGUACUAUAAGCUGCUGUGAUGGGCUCUGAUAAACAUUCUGCUGGUUUGUUGGAUACUCUCAAAAUGGAGAGGGUCAGGACAAUUCUAACACAUACUUAUCCUUAUCCACACGAGCAUUCACGUCAUGCCAUCAUUGCUGUAGUCGUUGGUUGUUUGUUUUUCAUUUCAUCAGAUAACAUUCAUACACUGAUAGAGAAGUUGGAUAAUAAUAUCAAAUGGUGGUCUAUGUACGUUUGUUUGCUUGGCUUCUUCUACUUCUUUUCAUCUCCGUUUAUAGGGAAGACCAUCAAACCAAGCUAUUCAAAUUUCAGUAGAUGGUACAUAGCCUGGAUUUUGGUUGCAGCUCUGUAUCAUCUUCCUAGUUUUCAAUCAAUGGGAGUGGAUAUGAGGAUGAACUUGUCUUUGUUUUUGACAAUUUAUGUGUCUUCUAUUCUCUUUCUUCUUGUCUUUCACGUUAUAUUUCUUGGGCUUUGGUAUGUUGGUCUUGUUUCUCGUGUUGCUGGCAAGAGGCCGGAGAUCCUGACCAUUCUUCAAAAUUGUGCUGUUCUCAGUAUAGCCUGCUGCGUGUUUUACAGUCAUUGUGGUAACCGUGCUAUUCUGAGACAAAGACCUGAACAAAAAAACUAUGGCUGGUUUUCCUUUUGGAAAAAGGAGGAUAAUAACAAUCCAUGGCUUGCAAAAUUCCUCAUAAUGAAUGAGUUGAAAGACCAAGUCUGCUCAUCUUGGUUUGCUCCAGUUGGGUCUGCAAGUGAUUAUCCGCUUCUAUCCAAGUGGGUCAUCUAUGGGGAGUUGGCAUGCAGUGGUUCAUGUCCAGAUUCAUCAGAUGAAAUUUCUCCCAUUUACUCGUUAUGGGCCACAUUUAUUGGCCUUUACAUUGCAAAUUAUGUAGUGGAGAGGUCAACAGGGUGGGCUCUUACUCAUCCCUUAUCUGUUGAAGAAUAUGAGAAACUGAAAAAGCAGCAAAUGAAGCCAGAUUUCUUAGAUAUGGUUCCUUGGUAUUCAGGAACAUCAGCUGAUUUAUUCAAGACUGUUUUUGACCUCCUGGUAUCAGUAACUGUUUUUGUUGGUCGCUUUGAUAUGCGCAUGAUGCAGGCAGCAAUGAGCAGGUUUCAAGAUGGUGCUCAACAAGGAGAUCUUCUCUAUGAUCAUUUUAGUGGAAAAGAAGAUCUAUGGUUUGAUUUCAUGGCAGAUACUGGUGAUGGUGGGAACUCGUCUUAUUCGGUUGCACGACUACUUGCUCAGCCUUUCAUCCGACUUACUAAGGGUGAUUCCAUGCUUACUCUACCACGUGGCGACUUACUUCUUAUUGGAGGAGAUCUUGCAUAUCCGAAUCCUUCCGCAUUUACCUACGAAAGACGCCUCUUUUGUCCUUUUGAAUAUGCUCUGCAGCCUCCUCCUUGGUAUAAACAAGGGCAUAUAGCCGUAAACAAGCCUGAAAUGCCUGAUGGGAUUUCUGAUCUGGAGCAAUAUGAUGGGCCUCAAUGCUUUCUGAUUCCUGGAAACCACGAUUGGUUUGAUGGACUUCAUACUUUUAUGAGGUACAUUUGCCAUAAGAGUUGGUUGGGGGGUUGGUUUAUGCCUCAGAAGAAAAGUUAUUUUGCAUUGCAACUUCCAAAGAGAUGGUGGGUAUUCGGUCUUGACCUUGCUCUUCAUGGGGAUAUUGAUGUAUACCAAUUCAAAUUCUUUUCUGAACUGGUUAAAAACAAGGUAACUUCAACUUUCUCCUCUCCCUGUGAUGCUUUAUUGACAAUUUAUGAGCCCAUUGGAUAUCAUUGUUUUGUGAAAAAUUGAAUUUUUGGGGAUUGGUAUCUUUAUUGUGUUGACUAUUCCUGAAGUGGGGUGAAAAGAGGAAAAUGAUCCAGUAUAUGUAGUUUGUUCCAAUUAUAGUUGAUGGAGCUUUUGUUGGACCUCAGUAAAUGUAACCAAAACUAUGCCAAAAGCACAAUUGUGUAUGCUCCCCUUGUUUGGUAUUCUUUUUUUUUUUACUUUGAAAUAAAAAGUAUAAUGUAUAUUUAUUAGUUACAGGCAGUAAAGGGAUGCCGACCCAUGUACAAAAGAUAUUUAAACAUCAAUUAGGACUUCGAUAAGAUUACCAAAAUCCUCUAUUGAGCAUAGAUUGUACCAGUAACCAAAAAAUCCAAAAAUCCAAAAACUGGCUCUUAUUCAUGUACCAUGAGUAAAGAGGAACUGAGAUGCUUCCAUGAUCGGCUUUUUUUUUUCCUGAUAAAUACUUCUGUGACUACUUAUUCUUUGAAGGUUGGAACUUGUUUUGAUAUACUGGUAUAUGUGGGUACAUGUUUUAAAUUGGGCUAAGCUGCAAAAUCUCCUACCUUGAUUGGCAAAUUCUAGUUUAGAAAAGCAUUAUGUUAAUUUCUUAUGGCAGAUAAUUAUUCUCUUCACCCACAUAUGUGUGUGUAUGUGUGUGUUUGUAUAUGAGAGAGAGAGAGAGAAAGGGAAGGAGAAGAAGAAAAAGAAGAAGAAGAAGUUAAUUCAGUGCUUGCUAAGUUAGUAGAUGUUAUAUUUUAUGUAAGUAAAUAUGUGUGUAUGUGUGUUUUUGUAUAUGAGAGAGAGAGAGAAAGGGAAGGAGAAGAAGAACAAGAAGUUAAUUCAGUGCUUGCUAAGUGAGUAAAGAGUGAUGUGUUUGAAAGGUGUUGUGCCUGAGUAUUUAUAGAGCAGCAAUGCAUGAACAUAAACCAUUUCAAAUGCUUUUGAAAUCAUUUUGUCUCCUCAAUUACCUAUGGGGACAACUGUUGGUUAUUACACUUGGAACAAUUAUGUUCUUGUCAACCCUAGUAGCGCGAGCUUUUAAUUACUUACCAAGUAUACAUAUAUAUAUAUAUAUUAUUAAUGAAUCUAUGUUUCUCAUGUAUGAUCAUCAAUCUAAUAUUUAAACAUCAAGUAGGACUUCGAUAAGAUUACCAAAAUCCUCCAUUGAGCAUAGAUUGUAUCAGUAACCAAAAAUCCAAAAAACUGGCUCUUAUUCAUGUACCAUGAGUAAAGAGGAACUGAGAUGCUUCCAUGACCAGCUUUUUUUUUUCCUGAUAAAUACUUCUGUGAAUACUUAUUCUUUGAAGGUUGGAACUUGUCUUGAUAUAUUGGUAUAUGUGGGUACAUGUUUUUAAUUGGGCUAAGCUGCAAAAUCUCCUACCUUGAUUGGCAAAUUCUAGUUUAGAAAAGCAUUAUGUUAAUUUCUCAUGGCAGAUAAUUAUUCUCUUUACCCCUUCCAAAUGAAAGAAAGAUGAAAAAAUGUUUGUUGUGGAUGUUACGUACUUUGUCAACCAAAAAGAUGAAGGGAAAGGGACAGGGCAUAUAAAAAUAGUUGAUUGGGUGACCAAUUAUUCUAAAAAGAUAAGCUGGUAGGAAAUUGUUCAAUCUAUAUUUUACUUUGACAUCCAUUUUCAAGCACACGUCCUUUGAGUAGAGCGUGGAUCAAGUGUAAGUCUACCAGUAGUUACCUGAACAACAGUAUGUCCAGACUGUAAUAUAUGGUACAGGUAUGAAAUACCUAGACUUGGCUUAGAAGGGGUGGUUGUUCGAAGUUUGAUAGAACCCCUUAUUAGGUUAAUUAUGUGGAUCCUAAGUAAUUUAUUUGUAAUGCAUUUCUUGUCUGUUUAUUUAUUAUUUUUCUAUGCGAAAAGGACCUUGGAUUUGAAUCUUUUUCGUUGCUAUAAUGAGGAUAUGGAUGCUCAUGUUACAAACUUGAAAAGAACUUAGUUAACAUAUUAGAAGUGUCUAGAGAAGAUAAUCAAUAUAAUUUGAUUCCCACAGAAAAAAAAUAUUGA